ACAAUUGUUGAGAUGGAAAGCAACACGGGCGUGAAUGGAAACCAUAAGGAUUUACCACCGACUAGCGAGUAUUUCAAAGAGUGGCCUUUGCGACCGGACAUAGUUCACCUUGAUCAUGGCUCUUGUGGAGGUUGUCCACACAAGGUCAGAAAUGCUCAGCGCAAAAUCAGCGAUGAUAUCGAAUACAGCCCACCUAGCUGGUUUGGCAAAAACUAUGCCUCAGGACUUCGAAAUUCCAAGGAAGCUCUAGCAGGUUUUUUGAAUGCGAAUGUUGCUGGGCUAGCGAUAAUGCCAGGGACAACACAAGGUCUGAAUGCUGCGGCCUUUAGCCAGCAUUUCAAUGCUGGUGACGAGCUGCUCAUUACCAACCACGCAUACAGCUCAGCCCUGUUGAUCCUCAAGCACAUUGCUAAGCAAGUGAAUGCUCGCGUGGUCAUUGCCAACGUGCCUUUCCCAGUAAAGAGCGAAGAUGAAGUGGUUGAAAGUAUUCUGUCUCAUGUCACACCCAAGACCAAAUUCGCUAUCAUUGAUCACAUCCCCAGCAGAACAGGCGUCAUAUUUCCUAUCAAGCGUAUUGUUGCCGAAUUGGAUAGUCGCAACGUUGUUACCUUGGUGGACGGCGCACACGCUCCUGGUCAAAUUGAAGUUGACCUACGCGACAUCAAUGCGCCUUACUAUGUUGCUAGUCUUCAUAAAUGGAUGUGUGCUCCGCGAGGCCUGGGUCUUUUAUAUGUGCGAGAAGACAAGAUUGCCAGUACCAAACCAGUCAUUGUUGCGCGCACCUGUUACUACCGAGAUAGCCACGCGGGAGUACACACCCAGUUUGAGCACGACUUCGACUGGAUAGGCACGUUUGACCCGUCGACCUAUCUCUCCUUACCAGCCAUUGUGGACUUUUUGUCUACAGUCCUUCCCGGCGGUCAUAGGGGACUAGUACAACGUAACCACCAUGUAGCCUUGGAAGCUCGGAAGGUUAUCCAUCGCGAAUUGGGAAUCCCGCCGGCGAGUCCAGAUGAGAUGCUUGGGUCCAUGGUCACAUUUCCGCUGCCAGACACCAUUGGUCCUGAAAGCCCUCAGGGGACGCUUCCUUUACAAAAGCAAUUGAUGGAACACUAUGGAAUCGAAACCCAAGUCUAUAACUGGCCUCAAUAUCCGAAACGCGUGAUGAGGUUCUCAAUACAAGCACAUAAUAGCGUACAGCAGAUAGAGUAUCUGGCUCGGCACUUGAAAGCGGCUUUGAAAUUUGCAGAGCUCGCUCCACAAAUCCCCAAAAACAGGGAGGGAUGGCUGGCAUCAUACAAACUUUGCAAUACAUAUUCUGCAACGAUGAUUUCGACACAGACACAAAGCCUGAACCUGGUUACGGGAGAUAUCCACAGUACCAAAGCACCGCUUCCACGUCAAAAGCUGUCCGAUCUACUGAAUCCAACGUUCCAAGACCUAUUCGACCUCGCCGUCUGGCGUGUGUCUGAAACUGUUUGCCCGAACCCAGAUAACGCCCCACCUCGACUAUUCCCUACCGUGGAAAAAACAAGAGAUCUGUUUUUCACUCACGAUGAAUGGGCAAAAUUUGGCGACCUGGAGUCUGAAUAUGGACGGCUUUGCUGGAUGUUAUCAAACUUUCCGGAAAGGGGAGUUCCGCUUCGUUGCAUCGACACGGUUUUGGACGUACUGGCUAGUCCAUGUGUUUUGAGUGCAUGGAGCCAGGUUUCUGAAAGACUCAAAAGUCAAACACAUGCUAUCUUGAUGGAUAUUGUCGACAUCAUGAAAUCGCGACACUUACCAGUUGAUUUGAAAACAGCAAAGCAGGACUUUUUAAAUGUACCUGUAGACUACGAAUGCACCAGUGACCUGACCGACAACCUCUCUUUGAAGCUGUUCCAACAGAGUUCAUACAGGAUGUCAGCUCUUUUAUUAAAAGGAGAUUUCUCUCGCAUAGUCGAGUACGUGCAAAUACAUGCUUUUGUUCGAGAUCCAAUUGGCUCUUUCAAAAAGGACUUUACGCAACAAGCUAUAAUAUUCAAAGAUCUAUUGAACAGGGUGGUUCCAAUGAGAACCUUCUCUGUCGACGAUCAAGUCUGGACUUCGCUCCUGGCACAGAUUGCGCAAGAAUCUGCCUUCCUGGCGGAUCCUAAGAUCAACGAUGUGACCUACGUGCAUUUUAGUCGCCAUCAACAAUUGCCUUAUGUUUACGUUAAUCUUUACGAACUCCCACGGGCGGAGUUUAGUAUCCCGGAGCAUGUUGUUGAGAUUAUGCACGAGAUUAUGCAAGAAUUGCUCGCCAGUGGACAAUGUCACAUCAUUCCCAUUAUCGUAGCAUCUAUGCCAUUAGUCUCCGACACCGGCAACAAGAAGCCGUCCAACAUAAUUGUCGAUGGCAAUAAUCGAGCGACGGCAACAAUGGUUCUUAUACUACUAGCUACUGUCGGCCUUGGCAAAGCAGAUGUGUUUUCUAGCUUUGACAGCUACUGCUCUACACAUAAUCUGAGCCUGAAGUGGCGUAUAGAUUUGCUUAGUGUGCUUGAAAUCCUCUACGUGGCUACAGACAGCCCCAUUCUAUCGUUACUUCGCGGUAAACAAGAUCUCCUUUCAAAAUUCAAGGAUUUCACGCGCUUGCCGGGGCUCCUGGUACAGGAGCCCUUUUUCCACACAAUUUGCUUGCAGCGGUCGGUUACGGGGAACAAGCCGCAUCUUCUCCAGCCAAUACACCAGAUUAUACAUAACGACGACAGUUGCGGUCUUGCCCUCCCAGCACGGCGCUCGCAGGCCCAUGGAAGACCCAAAGAUUACAUUCUCCUUCCACUAGAAUAG